GCCUGUCUCGAUGACCGACGACUGCAGCUCAUCGGUCACAGCAAACAGACUGGGCGCCUGCCUACUUCAUGUGUAAUUAAAGCUCCCUGGCGACCGCGCAUGACAACAGUGGAAUUCCAGUUUUAAUUUAUUUACGUCCACCAAGGUGCGACGCCAGCUGAAGAUACUUCACAUUCAACAUAGUCCGUCUUCUUGGCGAUAUAUAUCACUUGGUGGGCGAUAUCAGUGAUAACGCUAGGGACAUUGCGCAGCGAUACCGAGAGGCGUACAUCUCUGUAUACAGUCACCAUGGGCCACCUGAAGAUAUGGCUGUUGCUUAUGUUGCCUGAAGUAGUAUUUUGCAGAACUCUUCCAAAACACGUCGCUGAGGACCCAUUUGUCAUCUCAGUGGUCACUAAUGGCACCUACAGCAUCCAAGUCAAUAAUGUCACGUGGCUUUCCAGCGCCCCCAUCUUCUUCCACGUUGGCGGGAAAACGUAUUCCACGGAAGACAACUCCUUGAAGUUAAAUGCCACUACAGGCCACAAUGGAUGGGAUCGACUUGGCCAAUGGCAGACAACCUGUUAUAACAUGGUGGCGGGUGCAAGCAGCAUUUUCGGCUGCUUUAAAACCUAUAUCUCUCCUAAUCUUCCAAUUGUUAUUUUUCAACAGAUAUUCCCAGAUGGCGCCCUGGACACAUCGACUGGUGACCCUGACAGGGUCGUGUCUGGGUUUCCCUCGUUUCAAGUCCCAGCCGCCGGGCCACAGUUGGGGUAUCUCUCCUACGGUGGCCUCAUGUUUGGGGAUGAAAAGACCCUAGGAGUAUUUACGUCAGACAAGGCGAAGUUGAAGAGUGGGCUUGUUAGUGGACCUCUGGUUCUCUUUGACAAAGAUAACAACGUCGUCAUCACGGCUCCCUUCAGUCAGUUCAUGGCAGCCUCCAUGUUUCAAGAUGGCGACCGGAAGCGAGUCAGUUGGGGCAUAUUUGGCGGUGCUGAGCAGCUUCCGGUUGGCUACAUGUACGAGACAAUUAUGUAUUACAGCAGCGAUGGCAUUAACGCGGCCAUGUCUGACUGGGGUUCGCUUAUGAGGAAGUAUUACGGUAAAGACAACGCGUACAGACAGAGCGAUCUAACUCUCAACUACGUUGGAUACUGGACAGAUGGAGGGGCGUAUUACUAUUAUAACGAAGAACCAGGGAAAAACUAUGAAGAAACCAUUCUUGACGUCAGAGACUACGCCCACAGAACCAGUAUCCCCUACAGAUACGUCCAGUUCGAUUCCUACUUCUAUCCUAAAGGACCACAAGAUGGCACGUUGACAUGGGUUCCUAUGGCCGAUCUCUUUCCAAGUGGAUUUCAGUCUCUCUACGACAAGACGGGAUGGCCUUCCGGUGCUCAUAAUCGAUACUGGUCUUCAAAGACAACCUAUGCGAAACAGAACGGUGGCCGAUUUGAUUUUAUUGUUGAAGAGGCAACGUCUAAAGCCAUUCCAAUUGACCAGGACUUUUGGGACUAUCUGUUUGAGACAUCGAGAGAAUGGGGACUUACCCUCUACGAACAGGACUGGCUGAACGUGGAGUUCAAUGAGAUGAACAUCACCCUAUCUGACGUCAGUGUUGGACGGACGUGGCUGAUGCAGAUGGGAAAGGGUGCACGGAAACAUGACGUCACCAUACAGUACUGCAUGUCCAACCCCAGACACGCCAUGCAGAGUCUGGAGAUCCCCGUAGUCACACAGGCCAGGGUCAGCGGCGACUACAGGGCAGGGGCUGAUAACUGGAAAAUCGGGAUAUCCUCCAUUUUUGCCGACGCUAUGGGUAUAGCACCAUUCAAAGACACCUUCUGGUCGACGGAACGUCAGCCUGGGAACCCGAAAUAUCCGGAUCUGAUUGAACCCCACAGCGAACUGCAGGUGAUCGUCUCCACCCUCAGCACUGGACCCGUCGCCCCAGGGGACAUCGUCAACGGUACAAACGUCACCCUCCUCAUUACUUGCUGCAACAGCGAUGGUUUGAUUCUGCAGCCGUCAAAGCCUGCAAUGGCCAUUGACCGUCAAAUGUGGCAGCAAGCAUUCCAAGAUGGUUCUGGUCCGGAUGGGGAAGUCUAUACAACGUACUCCAGAAUCGGAGAAUACGUCUUCGGAAUUAUCCUGGCCUCUGCUAUGGAAGCAGACUUCUCCCUAACACCGAGUGCUGCCGGGUUUGAUUUCUUUGAUCCAUCACUAGUAUUUCAUCGUUCAGUUAAUCAGAAGACAUCCGUGACGGCCUUUUCUCCAUCGAAACCGCUUACAAUCAGCGGGGGGUGUAGUCGCAGCGGGCCGUGCCUCUACUACACAAGCCCCGUGUUUUCUCUGGCCUCAAAACAGGUUCUCCUGUACGGCGAGGAGGGCAAGGUCGUACCCAUCUCCCCAAAACGUGUCGUGCAGAUAGAUGUCUCGGACGACGUCGUUGUCACUGUCAGAGGGGCACAACGAGAAAAAGUGGUAUUUGUCUUCCUGGAAAACCAAACCUACAUCCGGGUCACGUGUGUCAUUGGCAGUUCCGGUUCCGCUGAUAUUAGUUUCACUAACCGACAGUGUUCCACGUACUGACCUAUCUGAAGAUGUCAGUAAAUACGUCACAAGUUGUACUUAAGUAUUUCCAUUAUUUGCAGUCUUUUGUACGGUUGAAUAAACAUUAAUGUAAGAUUUA